AUGUAUCCAGUACUUCCGCAGUACCUGCAUCCGGCUGAUCUAAGGACGCCAAGCUUGCCUCUAUGGUUUGCGCUCGGCGUCCACGAUCUUGAUGCUGUCGAGAGGACUGCAGUUGUCGCAGCCCUUCAACCGGUCAUGCCUAAACAGCCAGCAUGGGCUACCUCUCCGUUGGAAAACCCCAAGCGGAAAAGGAGUAGCGCCGAAGCCUCUAAAGCCAAGAAGGAUACAGAGACCGGCUCGGAAGAGGCGUUUCCUUCGCAAGGCGACCUUAUAGCGUGGUUCAAGGAAUUCACGUCCGAGCGAUCCAAUUCCGAAGCCACCGCCCAGUCAGCACCACCGGAGCUUCUAAAAAUGCGCGUCAAGAAAACCUUUGAACAUGACAAGGUGGAGAGCGAGGAGGAGAUGAGGAGACUCGAGGGAACGGGGUUUUCAGGGCCUAUAAAAAUGGACCCCCGUCAUGGGACUGUCGGGCCCAUCACUUUUCGUCAACCUAGGGAAGAGUUCGACACUCUGGUGUCUUCAGUCGACAUGGAGGAGAAGCCAGCAGUCGAGCAGAACAACGAAGACGGCGGUCCAGCAAUCAUUGUGCUCAAUUGUGUCUCCCGGUCCCUUCUAGAGUCCGACUUCCGUCACAUUGCCGGUCAUGGCCAGCAUGUGGACGGGUGGACUUAUGGCCUUGUCAAAGUUGUCCAAUCCCAAUCCCGAACCACACACGAACCACAAGGCUGUUAUUUCCUCUUCUUUGACAACGAGUCCAAUGCUCGAGCAUACAUGGAUGUUCUGGAACGCUUGCAUAACAAGUCACGUCAGGGUUUGCCGAAGGAAUGGCGACCGAAGACCACGGCCACGCCAACACCGGUUCAACCUGCUGGGAAGCCAGAAGGCUCAGAAGUUGUGGAAGAAAGCGCCGACGAGCUUCCGGACGUGGAUGAACAGCAGGAGGAUGGCCUCAGCAAACACGGUGAAUACGCCGCCGCCACUUCCAACCCAGACGACGACGGCCUGGACGCUGCUCGCUACACGUUACUGCCUCCUACAGCGCCCCUGCAUUACCAAAUCUUCACCAGAGACAACAUCCUCGAAUUUGAGAACAUACGGGAGGCAAGCAAGGGCCUGCGGCCUCAGCAGCUUCUCUCACAACCAAAAUCUAAGCGUAGCGGAACAGGCUCCUUCGUAGCACCGCCUCCCAAGGACCUCAUGAACUAUGCCGAGGACCCACAGAUAGAGCACAGCAGAAACAGCGUCCUAGUGUACCUCGUCGGCACCAAAAUGACCAUCCGAGGCUUGCGCACCGCCAUCGAAAUCGACGCCGAGGCGCGCAACUACCCGUGGCAAUUACUCCAGGACGAUGAUGUAGCGGUUGCAACGACGACCAAGACAGAGCAGGAGAAGGGUGAAAAGGAUGCGGCAAUCAAGCCCAUCCUGUCCACGCUCUCCACCAUCAAGUUCAGCAAGUUCAAUGAGCACAGGAUCGAGCACGAGCUGGAUGAGUUCUCGGGCGGGCAGAUGGAGGAAGGGGAGAUGCACGGGUUUUCACGGUUCGUGGUCUCGUUUGCGGACGUGAGCGAGGCUAGGAGGUUUAUCAGGACGUGGCAUAAGAGGGAGAUGGUGGAUCCGAGGACGGAGAGGAUGGUGCUUGUUAAUGUCACUUCUCUUUGGUAG